AGCGAAGAAGACGAGGCGGAAGUGACGUUUGGUCCAGUCUCACACGGAAACGGCGCACUUGACAACAACACAGAAAGAGCACUUUUUAUUUGUUAUACUGUACUUAAUCUGUAUUCCGACACAUAUUAACGAAGGCCCGCAAUAGCUUGUAUACGUUGCUAUAACGGCAUUGCAGCUGCCGCGGCUGGUUAAGGCUAGAUAGCAACCAAAGCUAACACUGCGAAGUACUUCAAUCCCUCUUGCAGAGUCGAGUAGCUUGUUUACGUUGCACACAGGAGCUGUCAGUUUCCAGAAAUGGCCUGCACUUUGGAGAAAGUGUUGGGGGAUGCCCGGACACUUCUCGAGAGGCUGAAAGAGCACGACACGGCCGCUGAGGGGCUGAUAGAGCAGUCUGGGGCCUUAAACCAGAGAGUGCAGGGCAUGAAAGAGGUGGGAAAUGCCAUUCCAGACAAGCAUACAGAAGACGCUUCAGAGAUUCAGGAGCUGACAAAAUACAAGCCUCAUGUCCUUCUGUCUCAGGAAAACACUCAAAUCAAGGACCUGCAGCAGGAGAAUAAAGAACUAUGGUUAUCUCUUGAAGAACACCAGUACGCACUAGAGUUGAUCAUGGGUCGUUACCGCAAGCAGAUGCUCCAGCUGAUGAUGGCCAGGAAGGAGCUGGACACCAAACCUGUGCUCAACCUCCACGAGAACCACGCUAAGGAAGUGCAGAACCAGGUGGAGCGGAUUUGCGAGAUGGGUCAGGUGAUGAGAAAAGCGGUGCAGGUGGACGAUCAGCACUACUGCUCUGUUCGAGAGAGGCUCGCUCAACUAGAGAUUGAGAACAAAGAGCUUCGAGAUCUCAUGACCUUCAGCAAGAGCUUUGUGAAGACAGCGAAAGAAGAAAACAGCCAGCCAGCACCAGCAGCAGCAGCAGCAGCAGCAGCACCAGCACCAGCACCAGCAGCAGCACCAGCAGCAGCACCAGCAGCAGCAGCAGCAGCAGCAGCAGCAGCAGCAGAAGAAGAAAAGUCCUCUCAACCAGAGUCCGACUAGUGAUCAGAGCAGCUUCAGUGUGAACUGUGGGUGGGGCAAGUGCUUCAGGACAAGGAGACAGGGUGGAUGAUCUAUUGACUGUGUUCACUACAUUAUUUUUUUACAUAGGAUGGAAUGCAGCAUAUUUUUUGUAGCGGAGUCCACUUAAACACAACAUCCUGGCUAUCAGGUGCACUUACAUGGAGGUACCUGGACAAUAGCUAUUGGUGUCAUAUUGUACAGUAUGUGUAUUAUCACUUACAAGUAUUCAAUUGUGGCUAGCCUAAGAUUCACGUUUAGGGGAGUAAAGUCAGUAAAAGGGGAUUUAUUUAGUUUUUGGCCAAAGAUAUAUUUUUUUCUCAAGGACACGUUUCUACCUCUUUGGUGCCCCUUUGCUGUUCUCACACAAUCACUGUGUAAAUACUCAUAACCAGCCCUCAUAUGAGUCCACUUGAAGUCCAUAAAGAAGCCAACUUGUAGUGUUCACUAUUUUAAAAGGCUGUGCUUCAAAAUCACUCUGCCAACCAGAUGAGUUUUGGCUUUUUCAAACGGUUUGCCUGCUGAGAAGUGAAUAAUUUGUAUGUGAUUGUUUAUCAUUUAUUGAAUUUAAUACGUCUGUUUGUAGAAUUCAUAUAUAAGGUGGCCCAGCUGAUGGCUCAUCAUUAUUUAUGGUAACAAUCUUAAAACUUGCCAAGUUUUUGUGUCAGUAAUUGUGUAUUGUCAUCUCAGGAAAUCAGUGUUAAUAACGUGAACAUGCUGUAAUGACUUCAUGACGGUGUACUGAUCUGUGUCAAAUGAUAUUUCAUUCAGAAAAUAAAAUAUAUUGUAUUUGUGA